AUGAGCCCAGUUGCCAAGGCCCUCAACAUAAUGCAAGCACAAGCAAAUGUCCAUAUGGGAUGGCUGGUGCCCACCAUAACCCUCCUGACUGUGAAGCUUGACGACCUACGACUCUCCAAUAAGUUCGGCCAGCCACUGAUCGAUGCCCUUCGAGGAGGAAUAAAGCAGCGCUUUGGACCUAUGCUUGAUGACCCUGAACUCAUUGCUGCAGCAAUUCUUCUUCCAAAGUUUCGUACUUCAUGGACAAGCAAUGAAGACAUGCUGAAACUGGGCCUGAACUACAUCAAGACCCGCUUGGAACAGGAGUCAGUGCAGCUCCCUGGUAACAACUCAAGCUCAUCAGAGGAGGAGGACUACUUUAGUGUCAUGAAGGGAAACGUUCCAGAAAGUGCCAGACAGCUAGAUGGAUACUUGGCCAGCACAGCCACUACCAUGGAUGUUCUAAACAGGAACCACCUCCACCUGCAGGAGGCACAGCUGCAGCAGGCCCUGCUGGACGUCCGAGGCGGCGUGGAGUUUGCAGAGCGACUCCUGAGCUGUGGUUCUGAUACUGAGAUCCUCAACACUAAAGGAGUCACUCUUAGGAGACUCACUAGUCUGGCGGAGAGCAGUUAUAAACCCCACCUGGCAGCGUUGGCCCCUGACGACAGCAGCAGUAUAUGCUUCCUACCCAUAGAGCCUGCAGGAGAGAUAGAGGGCUAUCCACUGGUGGGUGUGAUCAACUCAAGGACCUUGGAUGUCAGCCGAUGCACCACUGAAGGGGAAGAUCUGCGUUGGGGCAGUGCGGGCCAGAAGGGCCAUUUCACGCUGACUUGUCGAGACUCAGCUGGUGAGCAGAUGGCACGAGGAGGAGAGCAUGUCCUUGUCAACAUCGUCCACAAAGACAAGAAGAACUGCACAGUGCAGACAACAGUGGUUGACAACACCGAUGGGACAUACAGUGUUUCAUACAAGCCUGAGGAACCAGGACUCUAUUCUGUAUGGAUCUGUGUCAAGGCCCAACAUAUAAAGGGUUCUCCAUUUAAUCUGGAUGUAAAGAGGAGGUUCAGACAUCACGCCGGGACGUUUCACUGCUGCUCCUUCUGCUCCAGCGGAGGAGCCAAAGAGGCUUGCUGUGGCUGCCCAGGAACAAUGCCAGGAGGAUUUAAAGGCUGCGGUCACGGACAUCAGGGUCAUCCUGGGAAGCCUCACUGGUCAUGCUGCGGCAGUACCGUGGAGAAGUCGGAGUGUUUGCCUCAGAGCGUGUUAGCUGCUGUCUCUCCUCGCAGCCACCUGAGAACUGUGGAGCUCUGAUAUG